AGGACGCGCGAGGCCCAGGACCAAGAGCGCUGUAGGACUCGAGCCCCACGUGUUAGCCGCCCAGCCGCCGAUACAACGAGACCGCCGCCUGUGGGGCCAUGGGCUGUUGCUAUUCCAAAGAGGACGACCGCUUCGACGGCAGCGAGGCGCUGCUGCCCAAGGGCAGGAACGGCGCCAACAAGCGAGUAGAGAAGUCGGUGGAGGUGGAUCUAGCCAAGAAAGACAGCGCCAACGGCAGCUACAAGUCGCCAUCGGCCGUCAUCGCCGCGGGAGACGCCAGCUCCAAGGUGCCGGCCAAGCCGCAGCCGCCCAAGAAGAAGCCGGUGGAGAACGUCGACCUGCUGGGCCUGAACGAGAAGCCGCCGACGCCCCUGGCCGCGCCUGUGGUCAAGGCCCCCUCAACAGCCAAGCCAGCGCCGUCGCCGUCGCCGCCUAAGCCAGAGCCUGCAGCAGUUCCGGUCGUGAAGCCCGAGUCGCCCCCGAAGCCGGCGCAGACGUCGCCGCCCAAACCGGCAGAGACGUCACCUCCCAAGCCGCAGGAGACGAAGAAGUCGCCCAAGAUGUCGCCCAAGAAGCCGACCGAUACCGAGGACAACAGCGUCAUGGCGUCAGCGUUUACCUCCGUGUCCGUCAAGGCAGAAGAGGCCGACAACGACGACGACAAUGACAACGAUGACGAUAACGAUAACGACGGGGACGACAACGACAAUGGUGACAACGACGGCGAGGACAAGCCCAAGGAGCCCAAGCCUGCGAAGAAGACCACCCCCACCAAGAAGUCCAAGAAGAAACGAAAGAAAGGAAGGAAGUAGACGCCGUCGCUACUUCAGUUAUGAGCUAGCCGGGUCUGCGGCGCUCUUUAGUCGCGACGCAGCCCCAGGGAGGCAGUAGUUUGGUUGUCCAAAGCUUGAGGGUCAAGCGAGACGGAAGCGGAGGGUCUCGCUUUUCUGUCUAGCUGCUGCUCUUGUUAACGAAACAAAGAGCGCAUUUUAGCCGAG